AUGGCACUCAUGCCAACCGGGCUCUUUGUAGGCUUCGGCGCGGCGAGGCAGAGCAGCCACUCACGGUCUAGGUAUUUGCAAAGAUCUGCAAGCAUCAGCCCGGUGCUUCGACCUUCAGCGGAGCCUCAGAGCUUUGACUCAUCCGCGGUGGGGGGUGUGACGGUGGAGGUUCCCCGUGUGGCGGGAGGGAAAUGGAGGAUGUGGUACCAUGGGCGAAGCCUGGAGGCAGAUCCCGAGGUCGUUCCCCUCUCAAUGGGUUCCAUCGGUCUGGCAGAGAGCGAUGACGGCCUUCACUGGCAAAAGUGCAGAGGCUCCGCACCAAGCGGAGCAGUCUUCACACCGACAAAGGAUGCAGCGAAGUUCGACUCAGCGCUCGUCGGCAUGGGUAGCAUCCUAGGCGAGCGGCUCUAUUACUUUGGCGGCAGCCGCGAGCCCUUCGCAAUUGGCGAUCGCAGCAUGCUGGGUGUGCACCAAAGCAUCGGUGUCGCCUUCGACACUGGCACAGGCGGGUGGAACGAUCGCCGCGAGAUCUUGCCACGGGGAGACGACUUCGAUGCAGUGUUCGCGGCUUCACCUCAGGUGGUGAAGCAUUCUGCUGAGGACUGGAGGAUGUAUUAUCAUGGAGCUGGACUCGAAGACAAAAAAUUCCGCAUAGGCCUUGCAAGAUCCAGGGACGGACUUACCUGGAAGCGAGAAGGAGUCAUUGUAUCGCCUGGUGUUGAUGGCGCAUUCGAUGCAGGGGGAUGCAGCCGUCGCCAUGUUUUUCCAGAUGGCGACGGCUACACGAUGAUCUAUGAGGGUUCUUCUGCUGCUGGUCACGCUUUUGGCCUUGCAAAGUCCGUGGAUGGCAUUGUUUGGGAGAAGGCUGGUGAUGGCCCCAUCUUCGCGCCUUCACCAGAAGCUGAUGCCUUCGAUGCGCGUGCCGUCAGCGCUCCCUUCUUUGUGCCCAUGGAGAUUGGAGGAUAUCAGGGCGAGCAAGGCAUGCUCUUCUACGUGGGUCUGGAUGCCUCGGGUGCCUCCUCGGUGGGCAUAGCUGGAGCGGAGCAGGGGGACCUCAGUCGGCUGAGUCGACUGUAG